GCAGGAGCAGGAGCAGGAGCAGCAGAACACGGGUSCUUUCCCUUUCCCUGUCCUGCAGGAAUUGCUUCGGCUGCUCUGUAUCUUUAAGGGGCUGACCCUAUCCCACGGGAGCCGCUAUAAAGGCAGGUAGGCAGCUCUGCCCUGCUCAGGAGCUGGAGCYGAGCAGGGGCAGCUCCCAAAAUGACUGGCCACCACAGUUGGGGAUAUGGGCAGGCUGACGGACCUUCCGAGUGGCACAAAGCUUACCCUAUUGCCCAGGGGAACCGCCAGUCCCCCAUUGACAUUGUCUCUGCCAGGGCAGUUUAUGACCCCAACCUGAAGCCACUUGUCAUCUCCUAUGAAUCCUGCACCUCCCUCAGCAUCUCCAACACCGGCCACUCUGUCAUGGUGGAAUUYGAAGACACUGAUGACAGGACAGCAAUCAGUGGAGGGCCCUUUCAGAACCCAUUCCGGCUAAAGCAGUUCCACUUCCACUGGGGGACCACGCAUAGCCAGGGAUCAGAGCACACCAUUGAUGGAAGACCUUUUCCCUGUGAGCUCCACUUAGUUCAUUGGAAUGCCAGAAAAUAUACAACAUUUGGAGAGGCAGCAGCAGCUCCAGAUGGCUUGGCAGUAGUUGGUGUUUUCUUGGAGAUUGGAAAAGAGCAUGCCAGUAUGAACAGACUCACUGAUGCUUUGUAUAUGGUAAAAUUUAAAGGAACAAAAGCUCAGUUUAGAGGCUUCAACCCUAAAUGUCUCCUGCCCUUGAGUCUAGAUUAUUGGACAUACCUCGGUUCUCUGACAACCCCACCCCUUAAUGAGAGUGUGACAUGGAUAGUGCUGAAAGAGCCCAUCAGAAUCUCUGUGAAACAGCUGGAGAAAUUCCGCAUGCUGCUCUUCACCGGGGAGGAAGACCAGAGGAUCCAAAUGGCCAAUAAUUUUCGCCCCCCUCAACCUCUGAAGGGGAGAAUUGUUCGAGCUUCCUUCAAGGCCUGAAGGAAACUGAAAAUGGUCCUGAGAUAUCCAAGAGCUUCCACAUGUGAGGUACUGUAAACAGAAGCGCUGGUCUUUAGACCACUCCUGGAACACACAAGACAGGCAUUUCCAUGAACCAUCUGCUUGGAGGGGGACAAUCUUCUGGCUUUCUCUUUUAUUUGAAGUGCUCAUUCUUUGGAGAAAUGGGCUAUUUUUAACCAGCAGUAUUUAAUAUAAGGGAUAACAACCUAAUUCAUGCAGCUAUCCAAGACCUGAAACUCUAGAAAAUGAAAUUAAAAUCCAACUUGAUAGAAAAUGGGAAAUUAUGUAGUGAUCUACUAGUGUUGAUGGCUGCAACUUCUACUUGUCUCUUUAAAUACAUGAGAAAACAGUAACCAAGAAUUUUGGAUAUAUUAGACUGAAAUUUACAUUACUGAUCUGUUGUUAGCAUUUGCUGAGCUCUGAUUUAAAGAUUGCUUUCACUGUACUCUUGCUGCCUGAUGACACAGAGUGCAUGAGUAGCACUAGAAAAAAGUUYUUUACUUGCCUUAAGUAGGAUCUGGUAUGAAAACUAGAUAUAUAUUUUAAAUCUCCWGUUCUAAGAUGCUAUCUUCUCAUGMAAAURACAAUGAUCUGCUGUGUGGAAAAGCAGAGCCCUUUACUGCACAGURUUAUUUAUGUAUUUGUCCUUUCAGCCCAUGCAGAACACAGGACCACAGUAUCAGGCUCUGGUUGUAGAGUCCAUCUGCAGUGAUCCAGGUGUGUUUUGUGGUCCUCAGUUGCUCAAAUUCUACCUCAGUGAAGUGAUAAUGYUCUGCAAUAUGACCUCCUUCAGUGUCUGCCCUACAGAAAGCAGGUAUUUKGUUUACUUUAGGGACCUAACAUGGGUAGAUCUUGUCUGCAAUGAGUGUGCACUGCUGUGCAGACCCUCCCUGCCCCAGGGUUGUCUGGCAAGGAUGGUCCCAUCAGGCUUCAGCCCUCCUCAGCCCUUUUACCUCUGCAAAAGUUGCUUUAGAAAAGCCACGUGUUGGUUCUGCAGCUUCAUAACGAAAUUCUGACUCUGGUCCUCAAUACUGUGAUGUUCUCUGUGGUUACCCACAGUGCAUUUCCAGUUCCUUCAAUUGUAGGCUUCARAUGGCCUGUUCUGUCUGUAGAGUUCAGGCAGAAAUGGCUGGUGUUGAUCACUUUUCAUCAGCUGAGAUGGAGAAAUCAAAGAUGUACAAAGCCAAGGGAAGCAGGGACAAGGAAGGACAGCAGCUGCUGUGGCUGCUCCCCUUUCUCAAAGGAAGGAAGAUACGAGAUGUGGAGCACAGUGCGAGAAAUGGAAGAAAAAUUUUGCUCCUCAGCUCUAUGAUUUUUCUGGUACACUGACCUGAAACUUUGUUUCUCGGUUUCCUCUUAUGUAAAAAGAGGGUAACGCUGACCUCUACCUCACAAGGCUGUUGUGAGGGCUAAUUCAGCAUUGUUUUAGAUGUGAGAUUCUUAUCCAGCAGAUGCUAAAGGCAAUCCUUACAAAAUGCAGCUGUUUUAGCUAUUAUGAAUGUAACUUUGCUAGUAAUGCAAACUGGUAUUGCAGAAACUCUAUUUAAUGUAUCUUAACUUGUUUAACAAAUGAAAUA